GCGAGCUGGUGCACAGAAUUGCACAGAAAGAAGACUUGCAUUCCAACUUUCACAAGGUGAAGAACUGCCAGGCUUCAAAUCAGCAUUCAGGAAUUACCGUACGGUAGCGCUCUUUUCUCUUAGCACGUUGUUUGAUACAAGGAGCUAGCUGCUUUCGGGCGCCACCAGAUACUGUCGCACACCCGUUGCACAUAGCUCAAAGUCACAAUGGCGAGGCAUUCUGUUCAACAGUCACGGGUCGGGGGCUUGCUACUUCCUGCCCUAGUCGCGGCCUUGUUCUUUGCUGGUCCAGUCUUGGGAGCUGAAGAACUUGCUUUCAACCACACGCUCGGAGGCGUCGACUGGCCUUACAUCCCUGGACUCAACGCCUCCCUGUGCGGCACUGGCACGAUGCAAUCGCCGCUGAACAUCAUUCCGGGCAACACGACGACCGCCUCGACUUUGACUGCCCUGAACCUCUCAUAUGCGACGAACGUGAGCCUUCUCAACGUCACAAACGAGGGAGAUGUCGUGGAGCUGGUGAUCAGCAGUGGCAACAACAGCGUCAAGUUGCCGCCCAGCAUUUACAGCACGACCAACGGGUCCGGCCUCGUCUUGCAACAGUUCCACUUUCACACGCCAAGCGAGCACAUGUUUGACGGCAUCUUCUACGCCGCCGAGAUGCACUUCGUGCACAAGGACAGCGUCACGGGACAGCAGGCGGUGGUGGCCGUUCUGCUGAAACUGGACCCCACGGACACGCGCAAUCCGGACCUCGACAAGUUUCUGCCCUUCACUCCCAACAACUACACCGGGGUACAGCAGGCUCCCGCUAACAGCACGCUGAACCUGACCAACCUGUUCCCGAGCAACUCCAGCUACUGGUAUUACAACGGCAGCCUGACCACCCCCCCGUGCACGCAGAACGUGCUCUGGUUAAUCUUCCAGAACCCCCUAACCUUCUCAGUUAGCCAGCUCCUCACGUUGGAAGUUGCCAAUGCUGGCGGAGAUGGGGCUCGCGCCGACAACCGCCUCGUUCAGCUUUUGAACUCCCGCACGGUGUCGGUGUUCCGGGGUUGAGCGGCUUUGAGAAUAAAGUUCGUCAUUUCGAGCAAGGAGGCACGUCAAGUACUGUAGGCAACCUGUGAUAGGGUCUGAUGCGCCAUAAGUGGUUGUUUCGAAUGGAUCUGGUCAUCUCCGCGGUCUAAAGUGCAAGGGCAGUGUCAAAGGUUCGGACGACAUGUUGGCAACACUAGGCGAGCUGCAUAAGCAUUUGGUAGAAAGAAGUAGGUCUUGUUGUAGCUCGCUGCGCCUCUAGACUUCUAAUUUGCUGUCAACUUGCACGGAUGUGAGGUACAGAUGGUUCUGCGUCAUUUUGCAGUCCAGCACGACUGUCGCAGAUUAUUUGGGAGUCUGUUACUGUUGUAACGGGUCAAACUGGUGUAGGGUUAUGAAACAUAGUAGGGUCUGACAAGUAGUAGUUGAGCCACAUUGUUUGAUCAGCGCGCCUGCAUUAAUGUAGCAUUGCUUGCGG